AUGUGGGUAAACGUUAUAUUUGUUGUUGUUCUCCUUAACAUGAAGAAUUUGGUGGAUACUUCACCUUUUGAGGCUGAUGCUGAGAAGGAAUGGCUCUCUGUCAAGAAGAUCAAACCAAAUUAUUCUGUGAGGCCACAAUUCAAAGAAGGUUCACUCAACAGCCCAAGUCGUUUUCUGGAACUGCCAGAAUGGGUACGAACUGAAGCUUCUGAGGUUUACUAUGAUUUCUUCAAACCAGAGAUGGGUGUAAGGCUGGUGCCUGAGGAGGUCAAGUCAAUUCUACUGCCUGAGAAACCGGCUCCGAAACGACCGUCCUCCAUGACCAAGAAAAUGGUGCAGGUGUUGUGCUACUUGGACCGCAUGUAUGUGAGGGUCCUUAAGACUGUCUUCACUAACCCCCAGGCAUGGAAAUACCUCACGCUGGGAAGCUGUCCUGUCAAUAAUGUCACAACGUCUCACUACUAUUUUCGGUGUCCUCUGACUGGGUGCGGCAUGAACCGAAGGGAGGAUGAUGAUCGGGUGAUUUACUCCAAUACACUCUGCUAUAAACCACCCAACUCUGGUCUGGUUGUUUGGGAGCUGCCGUAUUCUUUGCCCAUUCACUGUCGCUACACUAAGUUCCAUCACUCUUAUCAAGUUGGCUUCUUGCCCAAGGUUAUGAGUGAAACCUUGUACAGAGGCCUACAAACUGGAGGCCUACAAACUAGAGAAGUUACACUCACUGCAAUGAAUGCAUCUUGGGACAUACUUUCUGCUGAUCAGAGUGUUGUCAUUGGCCAACCCAUAUGCUUUGAAGCCCAGAGCCCAAAAAGUGGUGAAUCUGAGAGGCUGUACCUGAACCACUGUUUCGUCACUUCCUCUAAUAUACCUCCAAUGGACAAAUAUGUUGUGGUAGACAAUUAUGGAUGCCUGGUGGACAGUAAGAACAACACUUUGGCUAAGUUCUACAACACUACGGAAAAGAGUACUGUCAGGAUGUGUUUUCAGACUUUUAUGUUUAAAGACAUGGUUUCCAAUCAUUCCCAAUUUGACCAGUCUUGUAAUCAGUCUGGCUCACAGCCCGACUCCGACCAGCCAAGCUAUGGGUGGCUUGAGUUGUAUGGUGACCCCUCUGUCUGUGACUGCUGUGACUCUACAUGUGAAGCUCCUGCUACCAGUAACUACAAGUCUAGGAGUGUCAGUAAGGCUUGGGAUGUGAUUAUGUCUGAAGACCUCCCAACUCCUUUACCAGCGACUACGGUUUCAACGGACACUUCAGCUAGUCCGAGUGAUUUGCCCUGGGACUAUGAUUACUACUGA